UUUUUUUUUUUCCUUUUCUUUUCUUUCUUCUAUUCUUUACAAGUUGCUCUCGUUUAAAUAUGGUGACUGAUAACUUGACUGAACCUACUAUUUUACAUCACGAAACGUUUGAAAGAGUGAAAACUCUAUCUACUCCUUUAACAGCAAGCAAUGCCACUAGUUUGACAAGUGUAGAUAAAACCAUCUCAGACGAAGAUAGAUCAACCAUCACAGCAGCAACAACACCAACACCAACCAAAGAUAUAUUUUCUUCAAAAAUACGACAUUAUGGUCAAUGGUUUAAGGAUGAUAUGGGAAGAACUCUUCUGAUAAGAGGUGUCAAUGUUUGUGGUUCCUCCAAACUACCAACGCGACCUUAUCCUGGCUCUACCCAUCUCUACGAUGAUACUUUCUGGGACCAUACCAAUGUUAGUUUUGUCAACCGACCUUUUCCUUUGAAUGAAGCACGUUCUCAUUUUGCACGACUCAAAUCUUGGGGUUUUACUAUGAUUCGUUUAUUGGUACCUUGGGAAGCCUUGGAAGCAAAACGCGGAUGUUAUGAUGAAGAAUAUAUUGAUUAUCUACGACAAUUACUCAUUAUUAUGGCGGAAUAUGAUAUUCAAUGUUUUAUUGAUCCUCAUCAAGAUACUUGGUCCCGAUUUUGUGGAGGUUCUGGAGCACCUGGAUGGACAUUUGAGAUUGCCGGUUUGGAUAUAAAAUCAUUCAAGGAAACAGGGGCAGCAUACGUUCAUAACACCAAUGCAAUACCAGGUGACCCGUUACCAAUGGUAUGGCCCACCAAUUAUACCAAGCUUGCAUGUUGUACUAUGUUUACUUUAUUCUGGGCUGGAGAUGUAUUUGCACCAAAGCAUAAAUUUGAAGGACAAUCUAUUCAACAAUUAUUACAAUCAAGCUUCAUCAAUGCUUUUCAACAUUUGGCUCAACGUUUACAAGAUUUGGAUAAUGUGAUUGGUUUUGAAGUCAUGAACGAACCAGCUCCUGGCUAUAUUGGUCUCUCAACGUUGAAAGAAUUUGAUCCUAUUGUCAACUUGAUUUUUGGUGAUGCACCAACUCCUCUUCAAUGUUUUGCAUUGGGUGAUGGUAUUCCUCAAAAGGUAGGAGUAUAUAUCAAAUCCUGGCCUUUUCCCACAAAGAAAUCUCAUAGUCGUGUGAUCAAUGCAAGCAAGACAUCCGCGUGGUUAGGGGAUCAGACUUGUAUAUGGAAACAACAUGGUGUAUGGGGAAUCAGGAAUGAUAAACCGGUGUUAUUGGCAACAGACUAUUUUUCUAAACAUCCUGAAACUGGCAACAAAGUGGACUUUUAUCAAGAUUUUUAUGUACCUUUUGUUAAUACCUAUGCCAAAGCUAUUCAAGCUGUCAAACCUUCUUUAUAUUGUUUUGUGGAACCACUAGCGAACGAGAAAUCACCUGUCUUUACCGAAAAAGAUCAUCAUCACAAUAUGAUCUUUGCUCCUCACUGGUAUGAUCUCAAUUGUGUUUUUUAUAAGAAAUUUGAUGGCAAGAUAACUCAUGACGUACAAGCUUUACAAAACGGAGGAAAUGUUAUCUCUGCAACUUAUUUUGGUCAAAAAGGGGUCAAAAGGAAUUAUACUAAACAGAUCAUGAACAUAAAACAAAGUGGACUAGAUAAUAUGGGUAAGACACCGACUCUUUUUGGUGAAGUGGGUAUACCAAUGGAUAUCAAUGAUCGAUAUGCUUUCAAGACGGGUGAUUAUAGCCAACAAAUUCGAUUCUUAGAUGCUGUUAUUUAUAGUCUUGAAGUCAACCUGGUCAACUUUACGCUUUGGAAUUAUGAUGUGAACAAUGAUCAUGAAUAUGGAGAUCAUUGGAAUGGAGAAAACUUUUCGAUCUAUUCAUCCAAGCAUAAGACUACUCCAACUUUAGAGAAUCUAACCAAUUUGGAUCCUGUGGAAGACAUUGAUCUUGAUGAAGGGGGACGAGUUUUGGAUGCUGCUUUACGUCCUUAUGCAAGCAAGAUUGCUGGUAUACCUGAAACAUCUAGAUUUGACAUGCACCAACUUCAAUAUACUUUAAUAUUCCGACCUUUCGAUGAUCAAUAUAUACAAGAAACACAACAACUUGGAUUCGAUACUUCAAACAUUCUUGCAAGUCAAACAGAAAUCUAUAUUCCUAACUACCAUUAUCAAGAUAUCGAACUGGAUAUACAAGUUUCCCAUGGACAGUAUGAGCAUAUACCCGAAAAACAACUGCUAUACCAUCGAUUCAAUCGUGAUGAUAUUGAAAAAGAUCAAAUCAUUACUAUUCAACUAAAACCUAGAACGACCAACAAGAAUCAAGCCAAGUGCAUCAUCAUGUAGAUUUAGAGAAAAUAGUGUUUUGUUUUUAUGCGCGUUAUUCAUACUCCGAAUAAAUAUAUAUAUUUCUUUUUUCUUUUUU